AUGGCAGCCCCUACAGCCAGGGCCAUCUUGGUUGGAGCCAGCCCGGCCUUGCCCACACAGCUCGGAGCCCAGAUGGACAUGUGGCCGUCUCCACAGGGCAUACCUCCCUGCACACAAGCGUGUGUGUGCAUGCAUACAGCCAGUGCCACCUUCAUGUUCAUCACAGAGCACCAGGCCCAGUUUACAAAGCACCUCCCCGUCGAGGUAGCUCUCACCUGUGCAGCACCCGCUGUGUAUCAGGCCGCGGACUGGGUGCUCCCCACCCACUAUCUAAAGUGUGGCCCCCAGAGAGCAGGCCGGGAACACCCCAGCACCCAGCACAGGGUGUUCAUGGACGUUAAAACCAAUGUUACGGUUCCACCGUGGCCUGCGGCCCAGGGACUGCUUCGAAACUACUGGGAGCGACUACUGCGGAAGCUUCCGCAGAGCCGGCCGGGCUUUCCCAGUCCUCCGUGGGGACCAGCAUUAGCAGUACAGGGCCCAGCCAUAUUUACAGAGCCAGCAAAUGAUACCAGUGGAAGUAAUGAGAAUUCCAGCCUUUGGUACAGUAUCUUUUGGAUUGCAGCUCCCAAAAACAGACGCACCAUUGAAGUUAACUUGUGUAGGAGAAGAAACCCUCAGAAGCUUAUUAAAGUUAAGAACAGUAUAGAUGUUUGUCCUGAAUGUGGUCACCUGAAACAGAAUGUCCUUUGUGGCUACUGCUAUGAGAAAGUGCACAAGGAGACUGCAGAAAUCAGACGACAGAUAGGGAAACAAGAAGGGGGGCCUUUUAAGGCUCCCACCAUAGAGACUAUGGUGCUGUACACGGGAGAGACACCAUCUGAACAAGAUCAGGGCAAGAGGAUCAUUGAACGAGAUGGAAAGCGACCAUCUUGGUUCACCCAGAAUUGA